CUUUCUCUUUUUUUUUUUUCUUCCUUAAGAUGGAUGAAAAAACAUAUCAGUACUCUGAAGAACAUGUGAGUACGAAAUAUGAAACGGAUCAUGUUUCCAAUAACGGUUCAUCAGCAACUAUUCCUAAUACAUAUCAAGCAAAUAAUACUUUUGGAGAAACUGAAGGCAAUGAUGUUGAUAUAGAAGCUGCUAAGGAAGAAUAUCAAACUAUCAAACGAGAAUUAAGUCGUAUUAGUCGUCAAUCAUCUAUUCAUGCUAGUCGUUUAGAAGAAGGUGCUAUUGAAGAAGAUGACUUUAAUCUUGACAAUUUUCUAAGUGGUAUGCAUAUUCAACAAAGUGAUGCUGGACAGUUACCAAAGCAUUUGGGUGUACUUUGGCGUGAUUUAGAAGUCAAGGGUCUCGCCGCAGAUGCACACACUAUUCCUACUGUUUUUAGUUUUAUUGGUGGCUUCCUUCAGUUCUGGAAACUCUUUGGUAUUGGCUCUUCUGGCAACAAAAAGGAAAUUCUUCGCAGUCUUACUGGUUUUUGUAAAGAUGGUGAAAUGUUGUUGGUCUUAGGUCGUCCUGGUGCUGGUUGUACUUCUUUACUUCGAGUAUUAGCCAAUAUGCGCGGUGCUUUUACUGAUAUCAAUGGUACUGUUUCUUAUGGAGGCAUUGAUCCCAAAACUUUUGCAUCUCAUUUCCGUGGUCAAGUCGCAUACAAUGGUGAAGAAGAUUUACAUUAUCCUACUUUGACAACAAAACAAACUUUACAAUUCGCGUUACGAACAAAAACUCCUGGAAAGCGUUUACCCAAUGAAACAAAAGACGACUUUGUCAACAAGAUUCUUUACAUGCUUGGAAAUAUGUUAGGUCUUACUAAACAAAUGGAUACAAUGGUUGGUAAUGCUUUUGUACGUGGUCUUUCUGGUGGUGAACGAAAGCGUCUUUCUAUUGCUGAACAAAUGACAACUUCAAGUUCUAUCAAUUGUUGGGAUUGUUCUACUCGUGGUUUGGAUGCUGCUUCUGCUCUGGAUUAUGUUCGUUCUUUACGUAUCAUGACCGAUAUCUUCAACAAGACAACUAUUGCUACCCUUUAUCAAGCUUCCAACAAUAUUUAUAACCUUUUUGACAAAGUCUUACUUUUAGAUGAAGGUUAUUGUAUUUACUUUGGUCCUGGUGAUCGUGCUAAGCAAUACUUUGAAGACCUUGGCUUCUAUUGUCCUCCUAGAAAAUCUCUUCCUGACUUUUUGACUGGUUUGUGCAACCCUUUGGAACGUGAAAUCAAACCUGGAUUCGAAUCAACUGCUCCUCAACACGCUGCUGAUUUCCAAAACAGUUAUUAUCAAUCUUCAAUCCAUAAGGAAAUGAUGGCCGAAAUGGAACAAUAUGAACAAAAAUUAUCUCAAGAAAACCAAGCUGCUGCCUUUAAAGAAGCCGUCUCACAAGAACACCAAAAACAUACUUCUCGUCGAUCUCCUUAUAUUGCUUCUUUCUACCAACAAGUCAAGGCUCUCACUAUCCGUCAAUAUCAUCUUCUUAUCAAAGAUACUGAAGCAUUGAUCUCUCGUUAUGGUACUAUCUUGAUUCAAGGUCUUAUCACUGCUUCCUGUUUUUUUAUGUUACCUACAACUGGUCUUGGUGCCUUCUCUCGUGGUGGUGCUCUUUUCUUUGCUGUACUCUUCAAUGCCUUUAUCUCUCAAUCUGAAUUGGUUCGUUUCUUGAUGGGUCGUCCUAUUCUGGAAAAACAUAAACAUUAUGCCAUGUAUCGACCUUCUGCUUACUAUAUUGCUCAAGUCGUUUUGGAUAUUCCUUAUGCACUAGUUCAAGUUCUUCUUUUUGAAAUUUGUACUUACUUUAUGAUGGGUUUGAAUUUGACUGCUGGACGAUUCUUCACUUAUUUCAUUUUAUUGUUCUUCAUCAACAUGACGAUGAAUGGUUUCUUCCGAUUCUUUGGUGCGAUCGCUCCUUCAUUCUUUGUAGCAACCCAAGUAACUGGUGUUUUGUUGAUUGCUCUUGUUACUUAUACUGGUUAUGUGAUUCCUUACAGCAAAAUGCAUCCAUGGUUAUUCUGGAUUUAUUGGAUCAACCCUAUUACCUAUGGUUACAAGACACUUUUGAUCAACGAAAUGCAAGGUCAACAAUAUUCUUGCGAAGGUCUUGGAAAUGCUGUACCCUAUGGACCUGGUUACGAUGAUUGGAACUAUAAGACCUGUACUAUGCAAGGUGGUGUCCCUGGUCAAAACUUUGUACUUGGUGAAAAUUACUUGCGUGAAUAUCUCUCAUAUGUUCCUGAACAAAUGUGGGCACCUGAUUUUGUCGCUGUGGUUGGAUUCUUCAUUCUAUUCACUUUCGCUACUGCUUUUGCUAUGGAAUAUAUUGGUGGUGGAAAAGGUGGAAAUCUUACUCGUCUUUACUUACCCGGAAAGGCUCCCAAGGUACGUACCAACGAAGAAGAAGAUGAACGUCGUCGCAAACAAGUCAAGAUUACUGAAAACAUGGACACAAUCGCUACUGGUACUACUUUCUCAUGGCAACAUGUUAAUUACACUGUGCCAGUGAAGGGUGGUGAACUUCAAUUGUUGAAUGAUAUUGGUGGUAUUGUUAGACCUGGUCAUCUUACUGCAUUGAUGGGUUCUUCUGGUGCUGGUAAAACUACUUUAUUGGAUGUAUUGGCUCGUAGAAAGACUCUUGGCAAGGUAGAAGGUCGAGUAUACUUGAAUGGUGAAUCUCUUAUGAAUGACUUUGAACGUAUUACUGGUUAUUGUGAACAAAUGGAUGUACAUCAACCUGCUGUCACUGUCCGUGAAGCUCUUCGAUUCUCUGCUUAUCUUCGACAACCUGCUGAUGUGUCUACUCAAGAAAAGAAUGAAUAUGUUGAUACUAUUAUCACUCUUUUGGAAAUGGAAGAUAUUGCUGAUGCUCAAAUUGGUGAUGUUGAAUCUGGUUUUGGUAUUUCUGUAGAAGAACGUAAGCGUUUGACUAUUGGUAUGGAAUUAGUGGGCAAGCCUCAAUUACUCUUUUUGGAUGAACCUACUUCUGGUUUGGAUGCUCAAUCUUCUUACAAUAUUGUUCGUUUCAUUCGUAAAUUGGCUGAUGCUGGCUGGCCUGUCUUGUGUACCAUUCAUCAACCUUCUGCUAUCUUGUUUGAACACUUUGAUCAUCUUUUAUUGUUAGUCCGUGGUGGUCGUACUGCUUAUCACGGUGAAAUUGGUCCUGAUGCUCGUACUAUGAUUGAUUACUUUGAAUCUAAUGGUGGUCCCAAAUGCUCUCCUGAUGCCAAUCCUGCUGAAUACAUUUUGGAAGUCGUUGGUGCUGGUACUGCUGGUAAGGUGACUCAAGAUUGGGCUGAUGUAUGGGAAAACUCAAAGGAAGCUAAGGCAUUGAAAGAAGAAUUGGAUCAUGUACAUGAUACUGCUGACACUAAUCCUAGUCGAAAGGCUUAUACUUAUGCUACUCCUCUCUUGACUCAAUUCCGUUUGGUACAUAAACGUAUGGCUUUGGCUUAUUGGCGUUCUCCUGAUUAUAACGUGGGUCGAUUUAUCAACAUCAUGCUUACCGCUUUACUUACUGGGUUCACUUAUUGGAAACUUGGAGAUUCUGUAUCAGAUUUACAAAACAAGUUAUUCGCUUUAUUCUCAACCUUCAUUAUGGCCUUCACUUUGAUUAUUUUGGCUCAACCCAAGUUUAUGAUUGAACGUAUGUACUUCCGUCGUGAAUAUGCUUCAAGAUAUUACUCCUGGUUCCCAUGGGCUGUUUCUGCUGUGUUGGUUGAAAUUCCUUACAUCUUAUUCUUUGCUGCCGCGUUCAUGUGUGGUUUGUAUUGGACUGCUGGUAUGUCAAAUACUCCAGAAUCUUGUGGUUAUUUCUAUGUACUCUUCUUGAUGGUUGUUCUCUGGGCAGUUACUCUUGGUUUCAUUAUUGCAGCUAUUGCUGAAAUGCCCACUAUGGCUGCUGUGAUUAAUCCUUUGAUCAUGUCUCUUUUGAUUCUAUUUGCUGGUUUGAUGCAACCUCCUUCUGCUAUGCCCAAGUUCUGGAGUUCAUGGAUGUAUUGGUUGGAUCCUUUCCACUAUUAUAUUGAAGGUUUGACAGUGAACGAAUUGGAACAUAUGACGGUGGUAUGCUCGGAUGAAGAUUUAGUACGAUUCCCUCCUCCUCCUGGUCAAACUUGCGGUCAAUAUACACAAAACUUCUUCAGCAGUCCUCUUACACCUGGUUAUCUUGCUAACCCUGAUGCCAUGCAACCUGAGCAAUGUGGUUAUUGUUCUUAUUCCAAUGGACCUCAAUUUUAUGAAUCAAGAUUUGGCUGGUCUGCUGCCAACAAGUGGAGAAACUUUGGUAUUCUUACUGCAUUCUUUGUAUUCAACGUCAUUGUGUUUAUUGGUUUAGUGUACUGGAAGCGAAAGGGAAGACGUUAA